UUUCCAACUGCUGCAGGCCGAAUAACCUUCGACAAGAUGACGAAUCGCGACUACCCGGGCACGAUAUACUACACCAUUCGCAAUGUGUCCCUCUACGAGUGCCUGGGCUGGUGCCGCGACGAGGGCGACUGCACGGCGGCCGCCUUCAGCUUUGUCGUCAAUCCGCUGACGCCCAUUCAGGAGACCACCUGUCUACUGCAGAAUGAGACACUCUCCAAGAACACCUCGCUGCAGAAGGCCGUCAACAUGUACUUCUUCAGCAAGAUGCACCUCAGGACGGACAACCUCUGCAAUCGACUCUGGUCAUUCGAGCGUUUUCCCAACAAGAUUCUGCGUGGCCUCGAUAACGCCAUCAUCUUCACCGCCAACAAAGAGGCCUGUCUUGCGGCCUGUCUCAAUGAGGUGCGCUUCGUCUGUCGCUCGGUGGAAUUCAAUUACCUGACCAUGCAGUGUCACCUGAGCGAGUACGACCGCCGCUCGCCGGGCGCUUUUCCGCAAGACUUGGUGGACGCAACGGGAAUUGACUACUUUGAGAAUUCCUGCCUCCGAUCCGAAGACGUCUGCCAGGAGCAGCGAAUCUAUGAUUACGCGAAGGUCGGCAUGCCAUUCAGCAAGGUGGCACACUACGUGGAGCUUAAUUACUACCCCGACAAAGAACUGCUCGUAAAAUCUCAGGGCGGCUGUCUGCGAGCGUGCACCAUCGAGAAUGAAUUCAUCUGCCGGUCGGUGCUCUUCCGCCCCAGCUUCAAGCCCGGCCAGCCGAACUGCGCCCUCUACCACCUCGACCACAAGACCUUCCCCGACGGGCUGGACACCUUCGCCACACCUAGUCCCAUUCCGCUGCUCGACAGCGGCGACUCCAGUGCCACCUACUUUGAGGCCGGCUGCUCCAAUGACACCAUAACCACAAAUAAGCAGGGCUCAAAUCGCGAUCCGACGACGGUGGCCGCCUCGGUGAGCAGCAGCAUCGGCAGUGCCAUUGGAGUAGGUAGCAGCAGCAGCAUCGGCGGCGGCAACACUCCCUCCAUUUCCUCCUCCUCACUGGUCUCCAAGCUGCCCUCGAUGGCGCCCACGCUGCCCACACUUCCGCCGACCAUCAGCACCAUCUCCAGCAGUGCCAGUGCCAGCAGCGGAGGAGGGGCGGUGCCCAGCAGCGUCGCCGAUCCGCUGGAGCCGAGCUGCGACUCCUACGGCGUCUGCUACGAGGUGGCCCUCAAGUGCACCGACACGAAGAUCGUGGUCAACGUGCAGACCAGCCGGCCCUUCCACGGACGCAUCUACGCCCUCGGUCGCAGUGAGACGUGCAAUCUCAAUGUGCGCAACAAUCAGCAGUUCACGCUGGACAUCUCCCUCGGUGGCCAGGACUGCAACACGCAAUCAGUGGGUGGCAUGUACACGAACACCGUCGUCCUGCAGCACCACAACGUCGUGCUCACCAAGGCGGACAAGGUGUACCACGUGAGGUGCACCUACGAGACUACCUCGAGAAAUGUCACCUUUGGCAUGAUGCCCGUCAGAGAUCCGGACACGCUGCAGAUUACCAGCGCCCCCGAGGCACCGCUGCCCAAGAUCAUGAUUUUUGGCAGCGAUGGUCGCGAGGCGUCCACUGUCCGAAUUGGAGACCGCCUCUCCUUCCGCAUUGAAAUUCCCGAAAGUACUCCGUACGGCAUCUUUGCCCGCAGCUGUGUGGCCAUGGCCAAGGACUCGCGCAGUACCUUUGAGAUUAUUGACGAGCAUGGCUGCCCCGUGGACAAUUCCAUCUUCCCCAGCUUCUACCAGGUGGGCAACGCCCUGGAGAGCUCCUACGAGGCCUUCCGCUUCACCGAGUCCUACGGCGUCAUCUUCCAGUGCAACGUCAAGUACUGCAUCGGCAAGUGCGAGC